AGUGGGUGGGGCUCAAGGAACCUCCCCAUCCCGGCUGUUUUACUGACACUGAGGGAAGGGAGCAGGGGACAGACCAAGAAGGAGAACCGGGAAUCAGGGUGGGGGAAAAGCUGUGGGGGAGGAGGAGGGAGGCCGCUUUCUCCUGCGGAGCCCAGACCCGCCUCAGGCCACGGGCUGUGGCUUCGCAUCCGGCGGCCACUGAGCUACUUCCUCUAGAGGGAGCUGAUGGGAGCCGGGAGCCGCUGGCGCCUCUAUGAUCGCCGCAGCCCCGCGGGUCCCUAGGGCCGCGCUGGGACCGGCAGAGGCUGCACUCCAGACACCGGGGAUCCACUGACACCCCUUCCUGGAAGCCAAGCCUGGGGACCCGACCCUGGGAGCAGUCCCUGGCCCCUCAGGAUCUCUGGCCUCCACCCCGCUGGGCCAUCCCGGGCCUGGGUCAGGGUCCGGGGAGGACCUGAGGAAUGGCUUCCGGACAAGGCCCAGGUCCCCCCGGGCAGGGCUGCGGCGAGCCUGACCCCUCCUCCACCUCGGAGGAGCAGGUGGCCCGGGACACGGAGGAGGUCUUCCGCAGCUACGUCUUUUACCGCCAUCAGCAGGAGCAGGAGGCCGAGGGGGCGGCUGCGCCUACUGACCCAGAGAUGGCCACCUUGCACCCAGAACCCAGCAGCACCAUGGGGCAGGUGGGCCGCCAGCUCGCCAUCAUCGGGGACGACAUCAACCGGCGCUACGACUCGGAAUUUCAGGCCAUGCUGCAGCACCUGCAGCCUACGGCAGAAAACGCCUACGAGUACUUCACCAAGAUCGCGUCCAGCUUGUUUGAGAGCGGCAUCAACUGGGGCCGCGUGGUGGCUCUGCUGGGCUUCGGAUACCGCCUGGCCCUCUACGUCUACCAGCGCGGCCUGACGGGCUUCCUGGGCCAGGUGACCCGCUUUGUGGCCGACUUCAUGCUGCGUCGCUGCAUCGCCAGGUGGAUCGCGCAGAGGGGUGGCUGGGUGGCAGCUCUGGACUUGGGGAACGGCCCCAUCAAGAACGUAGUCAUAGUUCUGGCUAUGGUUUUGUUGGGCCAGUUUGUGGUACGAAGAUUCUUCAAGUCAUGACUCCUGGAGGGGUCCUUUGGGGUCCUGAGACCCCUGUGUGAACUUUGGUCCCAGCUUCUCCCCUCACCUCCUCUCCAGCAGGGGUGUCCCCCUGCCCCCCAUUAAGAGCACAGAAGCUUUAGUAAGUGGGCACUCCAGCUUUGGAGGGCCCCUGCCCAGGGGCAUCCAUCAGACUGCUGGGUGCUCCAACACUGCAUGGUGCUAACGGGCCCCCUCUCGGAGGGGGGCAGUGGCCUCUCCCUUAGCUCUCUGGGACCCCCUCAGCCAUUCUGCUGGGUGCUGGGGAGACUGAUAAAUUGGGGAAGCAAGAGGCUGGGAACCACUUCUUCCAAGUCGUCAUUAACGGUUUUAGCUUUUUAUAAUACCCUUAGAAGGGCACCCCUCCUUCCCACCAGUCUGCCCAAAGCCAGGACAUCUGGGCUGUGGGGGUUAGUAGCUCUACCCUUCCCCAGAAUUCAGCAGUUCUGGAAGGUUGAGCUUUAAAGCUGGGCCUGGAGCCCAGACCUGGCCCUUCCUGAGCAUCACAUUCCCAGGGAACAGGACUGGGGCGGGG